AUGUCCAAUUCACUCGACGACAUCUUCGGCUCCUCCCCAACAGAAAGAGACCCAAUCCGCCCUGACCCCAGCGAACCCUCCGACCUCCCCUCCCUCCGCCGCCAACACGUCACAGCCGGCUACCGCGACGGCACCUCCACCUCCAAAGGCCUCCAUGUCCAAGACGGCUUCGACGCUGGAUUUCCCAUCGGUGCGCAAAUGGGCAUGCGCGCAGGCACAGUCCUCGGCAUUAUGGAGGGGUUGCUACGUGGGUUCGAGGAACGUGGGGGCGCUGUGAAGAAGCCGGGUUCUGCGGCGGAGUCGGAUGAGGAGAGGGCGGAAUUGCGGAGACAGAAGAGGGAGCAGAUUCGGGUGCUGUAUCAGGCUGCUGUGAAGGAGUUGGAUGUGCAGGCUGUUUUUUCGGGUGGGGAUGGGGCUACGGAGGUGGUUCCUGCUGGGAGGGGGGAGGAGAAGGCUGAGGUGCAGUUGGCUGUGAAGGGGGAUCCGGUGAUUGCGAAGUGGGAGGGUGUUGCUAAGGUGCCGCGGUGGGAAGAGAAUAUGGAGGCUUUGGAGAUGAAGGAGAAGGAGAAGAAGGAGAUGGAUCAGGGUCAGGACGAGGCCAUCAAGGGCGGCCAGGUUGAGCAGAGUUGA